AUCCCUAACCGCAAAUCAGCUGAUAUCUUUCAAACUAUCUACAAUCUACAUAUGCUCUUCCUGGUUUCUUAUCAUGAUCCAUGAAGAACUACACAACGUUAUCGGUUUAAUAAAAACAAAUAAACUUACAAGAAACGUCGCUGUGUUAAUUCUAUUCCUAUCGACAGUCAUCUCGCUACUCUUUAGCUUUCUAGCGGGCUUAUUCAUUUUUGUAAAUUAUGUCCUGGGAUUCACGGUCUGCUGGUUUUUGAUACGGUACCAAGCAGAGGCGUCGUUCUGUUUACACCGACUGGCCAGCUUCUAUCGAAUACACCUUCUACCUCAUAAAUCACUACACUCGCCCUGUCCGAUUUGCAAAACGGACCGAUGUACACGCCACCGCACUCAGCAUUUAACGCCAUGGAAAAACUUGUACGUUAGUGAGGAGCUAAAUGAUGCUGUUGAGCAUUUUUAUAAUACCAUUUUGGGUAGGUUUGUGUCAUCGUGGUACGGAAACGUUACAAAGGAUGUGACUUUUGUUAAUGAGCUGAAAGUGUCACUGCGUUUUGCCACUUCGUCGCUAGUGAAUCAGAUUUUAUCAGUCGACUGUAGUCGAGUGAUCGCUAAGAAGUUGAUUCCGUGUGCGAUCAAGCACGUAGACGACUACUUGUGCAUGCGACAAAUUGCCAAUUUAAAGAAGGCGAGCUUUGAUGAUGUCGCCGUCGAGUAUUUGGGUAAAAGACUUCAUCUGGCAACUACUAAUCGCAACAACGAGCUCAGUUAUCUACGACAGCUCACUGCAGCCUUGCUACCUCAAGUAUUACCCGUAGAUUGCAUGAAGUGCAAUAAUUACAAAGUUUUAAUUCGCGAGAUAGUAACCGGAUGGGUGCUACUGCCGCUUAUGGAUGUCUUAGCCAGUCCGCAUAUGAUCAACUCGCUGGUGAUAUUAAUAGCAACUUACAAGCCGAAAGGCUCCUCUCCUUCGCACUCACAAUCGAAAUCCGUCGAGUUUCUGCACAGCUUUGUUAAUAAAGAUCAAGUGCAAUCAUCCUUCGCGACCGAUCUAAAAAGCAUUUUGAAAACCACCGAUCUAUUGUAUGCUUUUAUGCAGUUUCUAAAGCAGGAAGGUCCAGUACAUGUUUUACAGUUCUGUUUAGACAUCGAGGAAUUUAACCACAAGCUGCUCAUUCCGGAUAUGUCGAAGAAGCAGCUUGAGAUCCUGCAUACCGAGGCCCUUAACAUUUAUAAGAUAUACUUUGACGAUAAAAGUGACGAUUACAUCGGCUGUGGACGAGAUAUCGAGUUGAAAUUGUGGCAGCUACUGCAAGAGGGCGUUUACCACGUGGCCAAACUCCAAACGUCGGAGCCGCUGUAUAAGGCGUACGAUUUCGCGUUUAACGUUCUCGAAAAGGACUGGCUGCCCCAAUUUUUUCAUAGCAAUGAGUUCUACAGUUAUUUGUGUGGGCCUAAACUAACAUCGUCCUAUACUAAAGUGCCACCACACGGUGCAAGGCUUUUCAUGCUCAAUCAUGGAUCUCCAACGAAAGUAAGGAAUAAGAAAACAUUCGACUCAUCCACCCAAGGAACCGUAGCCAAAAUCAGUAGCGGACUGGGACGCAUCAAGGGUGUUCUGAAACCAAACCAACCGGUAGAGGGCUCCAUUUUUACACCCGAACUCUACUCGAAUAACCCAACUACAUUCGAAGAGGACAUUUUUCUCUCCGACUGCGAAGGUAUCUUUAGAGAUCUGAGCACCUGGCGCAUUUCGAUACCAUCAGUGGAGGUUCACCAGCUAGGGUCCUCCAAGUCGUAUUAUAUUUUUAACAUUCACGUUCAACGAAUCGAUACGAUUUCGGACAACGAAAUCAGACACUGGAUCGUUCAGCGCAAAGAUCAAGAUUUUCAGACGCUCAACACGAAACUGAUCGAGUUCCAUGGCGGAAACGAGAUUUGUGGCUCGCCUCUUCCUUCGCGAAGAGCGAUGAUGUCGCUGGAGACGCGCAAAGUUAAACACGAGAAUUUUCUGCGGCUUCUUCUGCAAAAACCAAGUUUGCGGGGCAGCGACCUAAUUCACACGUUUCUAACGACAGACCAAGACUUUACAAUACUCGUCACGUCCGCAGUUCCAGUCGUAGAAGAUUUGGGAAACAUCUACCAAUCAGUCGCGUUUAAGCUUCGCAAGGAAAAAGGACAGCACCUGGAUCCAUUCGUCAAUAAUUUCUUGGCUUCCACUAGCAAGGUCAAACAAAACAAAAUCGAACUGGCGGAGGUGGGGGAGGAACUACAAAUCAUCGUACCUGACAUUCCACCAAAGCCCGCGACACUUGAGAAUGACACUUUCAAGGAUAAUUUCGGAAUCCUCUACAAGAAAGUGGAAAAUAGCUCGUCGUCAUCGUUCAAUCCAGACGGCUUUACGGAGUCUCUCUUCUAUCUAUUGAAGCACAUUUUCAAAAUACGCAAAGGUAUUUUGAAGCUAUUCGCCGCUGUGUGUAGCGUGGCGCAGGAGGCCGUGGAGAAACUGAGUAGACACUAUAUCGAUCGCAAGCUGCGCACCUCUCUGUCACAGUCCAAUCUGCGCGAUCUCGUUGUUUUAUUGGAAGAAGCAAUUUUUGAACCAAGUGUUCAAACGAGCAAAGACGAAUUGGAGAAACGCAGACUAAGAGCGAUACAGGAGUUGGAUGGAAUGGUACCUUACGUUGCGCAAAAGCUUUUAGGUGAUAAUUUCACAAACGGCCUUGCUGUUCUUUUAGAGAUUUUACAAAAUCCUUUAUAUAAUAAACAGCUCGUGUACAACUUACUGGACAUUGUUGUUUCGGAAAUUUAUCCACAAGUGAAUGAAGCAAAGAGGUAGACUAAUUCUACUGUAUCUCUUUUAAUAUAAAUAUUAAAGCCUAUGUUAAUAUUGUUGUAUAUUUCUUUCUUAGGGUUGGUUUUCUGUCUAUUUUGUAAAUAGUGCCAGUUUUGACUUAUUAAAAAAGAUACGUAUUUUACCCUAUUUUAGGGAUAAACCUCUGUUAAUUAUUGUUCGUUUUUCGUUUAAAUAAAUUUUAUUUAGAGA